AUGGAAGAUGACGAGUACGAUGACACAGAACUGGAACAACAGUACCCACCCCUGCUCAAUCUGGGUUCAGCAGACGUGCUGGAAGCUGUGAUGAGAGCGAAGGACGGAGCACCAAACCAGUUUCAGAGUUUCUGGGAGAUGGAUGAGGAGGGUGUAGAUGAGGCCACAAAUGAUGAGAUACAGAACAACCCAAGAGUCAGGAUAUUGUGGGCGGCAGAAAACAAUGAGCGGGAAAUAGUGGAGACAAUGUUAGCAGAGGACCCAGACCUGGUGAAUGCUCGAGAUAGUGAUGACUAUACCCCACUUCACCGUGCCUCUUAUAAUGGUCAUGAUGCUGUUGUUAGGCUCCUGUUGGCACGGAAAGCAGAUGUUGAAGCCAGGACUAUAGAUGGUUGGCAGCCUCUACAUAGCGCAUCCCGAUGGAAUCAGGCAGAAGUAGUCGCAACCUUACUACAGCAUGGAGCCCCUAUCAAUGCACAGACCAAUGGGGGACAGACGGCCCUUCAUUUGGCCUCAUCAGAGCGUGACAGUCGUGCUACACUUGAGGUACUACUAACCAAUUGUAAUAUUGACGUCAGCAUCCGUAAUCGUGUAGGAGAGACUGCACAUGAUAUAUGUCGGCGUACCAGUGAACAUUGCUCACUGUUCCAGAUAACAGACGACCAUAUCAACUCUCUACAGUGAUGGAAAACAUUAUCCUAAAUAUCUCAUAUACUGAUGCUUGAGUUGUGCCCCUUUGUAAGCAGGAUCUCUCAGCACUUGUUCAUGAAGACGUGUCAGUGAUACACUAUAUGUCACAACAACUGAAGCUUUGAGAGGGUGUGAUCCCUAGGAAAGCUUUAUAUUGUAUGGCUGACUGUUGAAUAAGGAUGGCCUGCUUUUAAAGUGAUGUGUUCACAUUUGAAAUAUUAAGAAUAAACAAUUUUACUGUGUGUUGUGCCAAUAUGCUUGCCUUAAGUUCAAUUGAAGUGGCUUAGCUUUGGUCAAGAAGGGACACAAAUGCAAUAUGAAAUAUGUCAUAUGAAAUCUGUCUCACUUCAGUGGAAUCCUGGGAGAUCAGGAUAUUGACAUUCAGUGUUUUGUCCGUUCUAGUAAUUAGCCUAAAAUUACUAAAUUUCAUUUAAGUGUUGCAGACUGGAUUCCAGUGUAUAAACAAAGAGUGCCAUACAUGUUUUUACAGCUACGACUCAUUAUCAAUUACUCUGAAACCUUUGGACUAUAUUUAUUGAUAGAAUAUGAGAGAAAUGUUAACAGCUUUCCCAUGUCUUAGUUGCUAAAAUGAAAUAGCUUAAGUCCUGUAAAUCACUUGGAUUACGCUAAUAGAUUAUUUCAUGAAAAUAUCUCUUCAGACAUAUUCGGGAAUAGAUAAUUUCGCAAAGGAAAAUCUAGAAAUGACUUCAAAUUCGCGAAUAAUGGACUAUUAGAAAAUACAUACAGAGUCAGAUAUCUGUAACUGUUUUAGAGAUAAAAUGUUGUUUUGUUUGAUGGUUCAGAUUUUCAGUUCUGCCAAAACCUCAAAGCAGAAGAAAUGUAUAUUUGUCACACAAGUCAU